CUCAAACCAGAAGAAGAAAAUCCAUGGAGAGGAACAGUUUUGGCAACGGCUUGAAAGACCAUGGUAAUGGCUGCAAUGAAGACAACAAAAACCAGACAAGCUACAACAAGGUUAAGGAUUCGUCGCCAUGGAGCUGUAAUAAUCCGGGUCUAGGAGACGAUUUCCUCGCCGGGUUUUCAUGGCCGCCGAGAUCUUACACUUGCAGCUUCUGCAAAAGAGAAUUCAGGUCGGCUCAAGCUCUGGGUGGUCACAUGAAUGUCCAUAGGAGAGAUAGGGCCAGGUUAAAACAAUCUCCUCCUUCUGACCUUCAUGGCCACCCCCCCUUUUUGAACCUUAACCUUAACCCUAAUCCUAACCCUAAUUUCACUACCACUUCUUCCUCCUCCUCCUCAUUCCCUCCUCCGAAAUGGCGAGUCAACGGCACCCUCAUCGACCCUUUGGCCUCGGGUUCAACUGACGUCGUGAAGGGAGCCACGAAAUCGGUUUUCGGGAUCAAAGAAGUUAAAGAUUAUGGCAAGUUGAUGGAGAAGAAGAGUGAUCAUCAUCAGUAUGCAACUUUGGACUUGGAGAUUGGUCUGGUUAGUGAUUCCAAGGAAGAUUUGGACUUGGAACUUAGAUUGGGGUACUCAUAGCCCUAAUUCGAUCGACGGGUUCUUUCCAGUUUCGUAUGUUCAUUAACACAUC